ACUCCGAUAGAGGAAGAGACUCUGUGGGUGCAGUUCAUGUUAGCCGAGAGACCGUCCACGGUGCUGUUAGCAGUGAAAAACUAAACUCUUGUUUAUUAAAACCGGGAAUACGAGUUGUGAUCGAGGCUCUCCGACCACUGCUUCGUCAAGAUGAGCUUCCUGUUUGGCAGUCGCUCAUCCAAGACCUUCAAGCCGAAGAAGAACAUCCCAGAGGGCUCCCACCAGUAUGAGCUGCUGAAACACGCCGAGGCAACACUGGGCAGUGGGAACUUGAGGCAGGCUGUGAUGCUGCCUGAGGGAGAGGAUCUCAAUGAGUGGAUUGCUGUCAACACGGUGGAUUUCUUCAACCAGAUCAAUAUGCUAUACGGCACCAUCACCGAGUUCUGCACUGAGACCAGCUGCUCUGUGAUGUCUGCUGGACCACGAUAUGAGUACCACUGGGCUGAUGGCACCAAUAUUAAGAAGCCCAUCAAAUGCUCCGCGCCCAAGUACAUUGACUACCUGAUGACCUGGGUGCAGGAUCAACUGGAUGAUGAGACCCUUUUUCCCUCCAAGAUUGGAGUUCCCUUUCCAAAGAACUUCAUGUCUGUGGCCAAAACCAUCCUGAAGCGACUGUUCAGGGUUUACGCUCACAUUUACCACCAACAUUUUGACUCAGUGAUGCAGCUGCAGGAGGAGGCCCACCUCAACACCUCCUUCAAGCACUUCAUUUUCUUUGUUCAGGAGUUCAACCUUAUCGACAGACGAGAGCUUGCUCCCCUGCAGGACUUGAUCGAGAAGCUUGGAUCCAAGGACAGAUAGACAUUUCAUCACACCUUUCCCAAUUUUUAAACAGUUUCUUUUUCUCCCUUGUCCCUCUCUGUGACGUCUGCUACCUCUACGACUUCUAGUCUCAACUCUUAAAAUCUGUGCCUUCUUCUUCUUUUCAUUUCAUGAAACGUUUGUACUGUACUUUUCCUUUUAUUCCCUCUGUUGUCUCGUAUGCUGUCUUUGAGCCCUUUCUUCCAUUUUGCCACUCUAAAUCAUAUAAAAUAGUGUAGUGUAGUAAGAAUAUUUUUUCACAGGACUGUGGUAAACCACUUUUUAAGAGCAACCUACUGAAUUUUAUAUUGGACCAAGGACAUUUGGAAGUUAAAGUGAAAUCCAGCUUGUUUCCUUCAGAAGUUGGUUUACAGAGUUUUGAUUUUUGACACGUUUUUGGUAACGAUAGGCAUAUUUUGUUUUUGUUAACUUUUAGCUAUUGUUAUUACAGUGACUGACUCAAUAUCCCAUCUUUUUAAAAAUUGUUUUUUAGUGUUCAGUGGAGAGAAAAGAUGGCAAGAGAAGUAGUGACAUGACACUGGUGGAAUCACAUGACAAUACAAGUGUGUGGAAAGUAUUUUCAGUCUAAGAUGAAGAAAAGCACCAGUAUUUAGCAUAAAGCUCUCCGUCACGAGCUGAUUGAUAUCUGAUAUCUGAUGUAUGCAAACAUGCUCUUAACACGCUCUUUGACAGUUACUUGUGAAGAGAUGCAGAUAUAGACGAUUGUGAGAUGCCUUUGUUCUUGCCCCACAUAAAACACCACCAUCAAAUGCAUAAUGGCUAUUUCAAUUUGGUCAUGCAAUAUUGUGCUUUGCACAUUUUCCAGCGAUCUUCUUUAUUGAAAUAGUAUGAUGCAAGAUAUGGUGCUUACAGUGAUAUUUUUAAACAGCUUGAUAGUUAUUAUUAAUAGCCUCUAAACGCUUUUGUAAUGAUGGUCCCAUUAAGGAAUCGUAUAAUAGAAAUUAUCAUGUCAACAGCAAAAAUAGUCUAAUGUGAAUUUUUUUUAUUAAUUUCAGUUCAAUUUGUGUUUCAGAUUUAUUUGUGGAACUUCACAUAGUGGAAUAUUCAAUGCUGGUACUUUUUUUUUUUUUUUUUUUUACACAAUUUUUCCCCCAUGGAUUGUAAAAUAGAGCAAUAGCUUUUGCACCUGUGCACGAUAAGGAUGAUUGACCGGAGGUAUAUGUAACUUUUUCCACAGAUGUCUUUAUUAUUCUUGGUGCAAGCUUAAAAGUAAUUUCCUGGGCUUUCUCUGGCUACAACAGCAGGGCUGUUUGUACUGCCAUCCUUUUACAAACUGAUGCAGCUAAUAUUCCUGAUUAUGUUUCAUUUGACAAACUUUGAGCAAGGGACUCGGUCCAUAACCUUCUUCAUGUUGGACAUAAAUUCAAAACAGACAAUCAUGUAACCAAUUAUGAACUGUUAGAUAACUUAAUACAUCACCAGGAUUAACCAAUGUGAGUGGGUGCAGUAGAGUGUUUAUUUUAUGAUGUUCUACUUUUUAAGAUGUUGAAAGCAUUUCAACAAUGUGAAAAAAAAAAAGAAAAGAUUGUUCACUUUAACUGGGAUUUAUCCACUUCCAGGCCCUCUGACUGCUUGGGGGGAAAAAACCAAGCCAGCAACCAUUAAGUUAAUCUAUAGGCAUAUCAAUAUAUUUUACAAGGUCGAGUUAUUUCAUAGAUUCUAUUUGAAAAUAUAACUGGUCCUUUCUUUCAAUCUAGCUUCAUAUUUUUUUUAAUGUUUUGCUUUUUCCUCACAAUUUUGUUUUCAAACUUUUGGCAUGGAGUUACAUUUAAUAAAACAUUGUAAAAUAAGUAGUUGACUGCACCUUUUCAAAAAAGGAACAAGGGCUUUGAAAUGAAUUUAAAGUUUUUUUUAUAUUUACAAUAAUGGUCCAAUCAUUGGGUUGUCAUUUUGACUUGGAGGAGGUGCAGGGAUGUACUUACUGCGUCCGAACAUGUGCUGUAAAUAACAGUGUUUUAUCUGAACAAAGCUGUGCCUUACAAAACUGAAAAUGUCUGAUAUGACAGUAUUGGUAGAUCAAAAACUCAAUAAACAUUGAAAGGAC